AUUUGGUUCUCGAGGGAAAAAAAAUAAAAAUAGUCCAACAAAGAAGACCACACUCUUUAGUCUCUGUCAAUAUCUCCGUACUGACAGAGAGCACGGCGAAAUCGUCGAUGGGGAUCACCUACUUGCUAUCUAAGGGAGAAUAGGCAAAAUCAUGGUGAAGACCACGAGGCUCUGCAAACUUGUGUUAAGGUUCAUGGCUUUUGGUGCUACUCUUUCAGCUGCUAUUGUUAUGGCCACAAGCCGUGAGAAGGCCAGCUUCUUUACCUUAUCUUAUGAAGCAAAGUACUCUGACUUACCAGCCUUCAAGUACUUUGUGAUUGCAAAUGCUGUUGUAACCGUCUAUGGUUUUCUAGUUCUUUUCCUUCCUCCUGAGAGUAUGCUCUGGCGAUUAGUCGUUGCAUUGGACACGGUUUUCACCAUGUUACUAAGCUCGAGUAUAUCAGCAGCUUUUGCGGUUGCUCAAGUAGGGAAGAAUGGAAAUUCCUAUGCAGGUUGGCUACCAAUAUGUGGUCAAGUCCCAAAGUACUGUGACCAAGUGAAAGGAGCACUGAUUGCUGGAUUUAUAGGCCUAAUAUUAUAUGCCCUGCUUCUUCUAUACGCAAUUCAUUCUGUCCUAGAUCCUCUUCUCCUGCAAAAAGCUUAAUUAGCUUCUGGAUUCUUUCAUCACCAAGCCCUGUUAAUUAGAGAGAGUUUAGUUGCCCUACGUUACCACAUGUUCCUUUAUAUGUUAAAAUUAUACUUAUAUAUAUAUAUAUAUAUAUAUAAUUUUUUUUAAUGUAUUUGUGAGCUAUUUUUGUUUGUUUUUUGAGAUCACAUGAUAAUCAUUAGUAUGAUAAUUAAGUUUGAAAUUUAAAGUUUUGUGGAAUUAGGCAUUUGUUUUGAUCUCAAG